UUACUUGGUAAAGCCCUUGCACACUAAAUGAUAAGGACAAGGAGAAAAAUUACCAGCAUCAGCACCCACCAACACUAUGAGGUUUGGGAUUUCGCACUUAUUUCGCCUUAGCUAGUUGAACUCUAGCCUGGGUUAUUGCAGCAGAGGAAGAAUCAAUGUUUGAUGAAAUGUUACCAAUGACCACACCCUGCUCAUGGACAGGAACAGCAAGGUCCUUGAAUAUUUCAUUUACUUGUCCUAUUUGCUCCUUGACUUCUCUGGUACCUUGUUCGCUUGUUCCCUUUCCUCAAUCAUGGCUCCAUUGAAGGCAAUUUCAUUAUCCAGCAAAAUUACCUCCUGUCUCCUCUGUUCCAUAAGAAAAGGUUGUUUCUCUUGAGGCAGAGUAGGUGCCCAACAAUCAUCUGUUAACUACAACUGCAAUGCAUCCCAACAGUGACUCCUUGUCCCGUCGAGUACCUCACGUCCUCCACCGCUACCUUCCGUCAAACGACUUCGAGUCUGACUCGCUGAGUGACGACUCCGACUUAGCGGUCGACGCAUUCUCACGCGACCAUUUCCGCAUGAACGAGUUCAAAGUGAGGAGGUGCGCGCGUGGCAGGCCACAUGACCGGACUAAGUGUCCGUACGCCCACACUAGUAAGAAAGCCCGAAGAAGAGACCCGAGAAAGUUCCGUUACUCUGGAACUGCUUGCCCUGAUUUUCGCAAGGGAAACUGCAAAGAAGGCGAUUCCUGUGAGUUUGCUCAUGGCGUUUUUGAGUGCUGGCUCCAUCCUGCUCGUUAUCGUACUCAGCCUUGCAAAGACUUUAGCUCACACGCCGGAGCAACAUCGGGGUCUUGCCCCAGCAGAUUCCGAGAGGAAAUGGGGCCGGAUCGGAUGAAUUUGAUUAUGUUGGAUCGCCCACAUGCCACCUUCUAGACUUUGUUCCUUCACCAACUUCCAUCCUGACUUCUCCUCCAAUUUUCCCGCCUUCUGACUCACCCCCAUGUCACCAAGUGAGUCAUUUAACUCUGCGAGUGAACUUGCUGCCUCCAUGCGUAAUGUGCAGCUUGGUUAGGCAAAAAUGAGCGGUGCUUGCUCUUAGGGUCUGCAAAUGGGAUCAGGUGAUUAGCUCUUGGAUUGGAGGGAAGGAAAGUAAAAUGGACCGAAAUGACAAAAAGCUCCUCGAGCUGAACUCUCUGGGAGGAGAG